AUGACUACCCCUAUAGAUAUGAACACAGCCUCUGUUGAAGAUCUUGUGAGGAUAAACAAUAUAGGUAAAGUAAGAGCACGGGCAAUUGUAGAUGCACGAUUAAAUAAGGGAACCCUUACAUUAGAAGAUCUUAAGAUCACUGGACAAGUAGGAAAAUCACAAGACAGAUCACAAAUUCAAACAGAAUCAAUAGAGCAUGUACAGACAAUGCAAUCACAAGAAAACUUAUACCAACAAAUAGAACAUUUACAAAGAGAGUUAAGAGAGAGAGAACAUCAGAUCAGAACGAGAGAACAUCAGAUCAGAGAGAGAGAAAAUGUGAUCAUGGAGAGAGAGAAGGAAAUAGGAGAAAAAGAUCAAUUGUUACAAGAGAAAACUGUCCGUCUUGAGAAUAGUGAAGAGGAAGUUUCAAUGUUACAGAGAAGUUUGGUCGUUAAUAGAGAGAAGUACGAUGGCAUGUUUGAAGAUUUACAAAAGAAAGUUAAUUUAAGAGAACAAGAACUAAAUGAUCAGUAUGAGAGAUUUGAUGAACAAAAACAAAAAAUAAGAGCAUUAGAAGAGCAAGAGCGUGCUGAAAGAGAAGAACAUUUAAGAUCAAGAAUGAGAGAGAUGGAUGAAAGAGAAAGGGAGAUUAACGAAUCUAGUGUUGAAAAACCAAAAGACAAGAAAAACACAGUUUCCAGUCCAGCACCCCCAAAACUUGCUACGUAUGAUGGUAAAUCAGAAUGGAGACCAUAUUUCACUCAAUUCAAUCACAUCGCUAAAAAGUACAAAUGGAAUGACUCAGACAAAUUAGAUAAGCUGAUUGAAUGUUUGAGAGACAAAGCAUUAAAGUUUUAUAGUUCAAGACCUGAAAACGUACAACAAGAUUACAAAUUGCUCUGUCAGAAAUUGAAAGAACGAUUUGAUAAGAAGGACCAGCCACACAUUAUUCGAAGACAGCUACAAGAGAUUAAACAAAAUCCAGAAGAAACGAUUGAAGAAUUUACGGAGCGCAUUGAAGAACUUGCUGCUGAAGGAUAUCCAGAGACCCCUGAAUUCUUCAAAAACACCAUCACCGUCGAUGCUUUUCUUCGAGGCUGUACAGAGAAACGGGCUGCAUUGGUCACUCUUGAUAAAGGUCCACAAACUCUGAACCAGGCAAUUAACUACAUGAAAAGUUCCAUCACCAAUCAAAAAUUAAUAAUGGGCCCAAAGAAAGACAUCAAAAGCGUUACAUUUGAGAACAUGAAAUCUGACGAUAGUCCAUCCAAAGACAUCAGUAUUCGAAUGGCAAGGAGUCCAUCACCACCAAAGCCUUCAUUAGAAUCAAGAAUUUCAGCUUUAGAAAAAGAGAGCAGGGAAACAACUAGACUGCUAAAGGAAAUUUUGAGAGUAUUGCCAGUGCCCGAUGAAGAAAGACAACCCAGACCAAGAUUUCAGUCACCAAAAAGGACAUAUACAUCAACAUCAAGGUCAACGUCAAGGUAUACAUCACCACAAAGAUCGUUGAAUGCAUCAGGACCAAGAUAUGCAUCACCAAAAAGAUUUCCAUCAAAUAGUCCUGUAAGGUCAGAGAGUGAGAGCGAGUGCUAUGUGUGUGGUAAAAUGGGACAUUUUGCUAGAAAUUGUUAG